AUGUGCCUGAACACUGGCUAUCCGUGCAACUGUCUGACUGAUGGGAAUCCCUGUGAACCCUGUAGGAUGACGGCCAAAGACAGGGACACGGAGGAGGUGCACCUCUCCAACGACGUUAAUGCACCGGGGCCAGCAGAGAACACGUGCAAACCAGAUCUGAACGGCUCCUCUGAUGAAGUUGUGAAGGAGCGGGGUCGAAACUGGGGAUGGAUGCUGUCCGGGAUCAUCUGUGUGAACAUCCUGAUCCUGGGCUGUGCUCUGGUCAGCGGCAGUGCCUACAACAAUGUCAAUAUCAGCAUGCCAGACCUGCAGAUUUUCCUCAUCAUCCUCCUCCUUCUCACCACCAUCUGGAUGGUUUACUAUGUCAUCUACACUGCAAGGACAGAAGAUGCUGUAGUUUACAAGGAUGGACACGCCGGACCUGUAUGGCUCAGGGCUGGACUUGUGCUGUUCGGAAUCCUCAGUAUCAUCAUGGACAUUUUCAAGAUAGCCAGCUACGUUGGCUACCUCCACUGUGAUUCUGCGGUGAAAGUUGCCUUCCCUGUUGUGCAACUAGUCUUCAUUCUUGUGCAGACCUACUUCUUUUGGACCCGCGCCAAGGACUGUGUGCAGUUACAAAGGAACAUUACACGCUGUGGGUUGAUGCUCACCCUCUCUACAAAUCUAGUUUUAUGGAUGACAGCCGUCACUGAGGAGUCUCUUCACCAAACUGAAUUACCAGAAUAUCCGACUAACAAAACCAAACUCUCCGGACGAAAAAUGUACAUCACUAGAGCUGGUUAUGGAGACGAUAAGUGCAAAUGCAGCCACAGCUCCUGCAGCUUCUUCAAGGAAGCGUACUACUACUUGUACCCCUUCAACAUCGAGUACUGCCUCUUUGCGUCCGCCAUGGCCUACGUGUUGUGGAAAAAUGUAGGCAGAGUCGUAGACGAACACACCCACCACAAGAUUAAAUUCACUCUGAGGGGCGUCAUCUUUGGUCCUGUGACGGGCGUCCUCUUAGUAGUGGCCGGUCUAGCCACCUUCAUUGCAUACGAGAUGCAAAUACAGAAAGACCACAGUGAUGAGAAGGAGAAAGACUUGGCAGUGAUGAUGCACUUUGUCAUGAAUAUAGUUAUAGUGACCACCAUGUCUGUCACUAGCAUGAUCGGCCUCGCCGUCUUUAAAGUGGACCACAGGGAGCACGUGUCAGACAAAAACCCAACACGCAGCCUGGACGUGGGGCUGCUGGUUGGAGCGUCGCUGGGCCAGUUCAUCAUCAGCUACUUCUCCAUCGUAGCCAUGGUCGCAACUGGAGCCAAAGGCCAUCUAAACCGGCUAAACCUCGCCUGGGCUAUCCUGAUGGUGAUCCAGCUCGCCCUGCAGAACUUUUUCAUUAUUGAGGGUCUACACCGCGAGCCUUUCCAUGAAGUGCAGCCAGUGGCCACUGUAGUCGAAAAUCCAUACGUGCUGCAGUCAAGCAAAGAGCUGGGCCUUGAAGGAUUAGAUAUAGACAAAAAAUCAAGUCCAGUACCUGCACCACACAGCCUGCACAACCAUGCAGUCGAGCACCGACCAAAGCUGUUGUGGAAGAGGCGAAUCCUGAAGGAGGUCUGUGUGUUUCUGCUGCUGGGGAACAUAAUACUAUGGAUCAUGCCUGCAUUCGGAGCUCGACCCCAAUUUGACCACGACACUGAAACAGAAUUCUACCAGUUCAACAUGUGGGCUGCAGUUGUUAAUGUUGGACUUCCUUUUGGCAUCUUUUACCGCAUGCAUUCAGUCGCCAGCCUCUUUGAGGUUUUCCUCACCUCGUAG